UACAUACAUAUCUAUUAGAUGAAAAGUGUGAAAAUCAUCAUUCACCCAGUGUGAUUAGCGUGCAAGAAAAACAAAAGACAAGCAAAAGUAAAACGAAAAUAAUAAUAUUUAGCAGGAAAACGAAUCUACAGAACGGAUUAGCGAUACAUAGAAAUUCACAACCAACGAACGGAAGAAAUAUCCGUAGAGUAUUCGAAAACGAUCUGGCGUAGACAAAAAGCAACGAAUAACGACGUAUACAAAGAGCGGUGCAGCGCAGGAAGAAGGCGGCACCACAUCCAUACAUGCAAACAACUACCAAUAGAUACAAGACGACGGCCGCACGAUAUAACUAAAUGGGAAUAUAGUAGAUAGAAUCGAGAAACGAGAAUCGAGAACCGCGAACUGAAAACUGAACGAAGCAAGAAUCUAUUUUUGUUUUUUCGUACUACUCAAAGUUGCACACACAAAAAUUUCUAAGCACUAAUUAAAAGCAAAAACAAAAAACAACAAAAAAAACAAAAUCAAAACAUAAAAAGUAAGAAAAAACCAUACAAAUAAUAAUAAGAAAAAAAAUCUCGAAAGUGUGUGCGCAGUAUUAGAGGAAGUAGAAAACGUUUAAGCAACAAAUAAUUAAAAUAUAUUCAUAUAUAGAAUCAGCGACAUACGCCUUGAGCAGUAAAAACGGCUAAAACGAAUUUUUUUAAAUAAAAGAAAAUACAAAUAUUCGAACACAAAAAGUCCUAAAACAUCAAGUGACACUAACACAAAUAAAAAUAUUGUGAUGAAAUAUAUUUCAACGGAAUUUCAGAACUAUUGCGCUAGUUAAAUGUUAUCCGUACUUCUUCCGGUGCGAUUACGAUCAAAACGAACGAAAUUGUAUUUUGAAAAUUGUGUUGAGAAAACCAAAGAUUUUUAUAGUUUCAAAGGAACUGUAAUCAAAAAUUACGUAUAGUAUAUUGCAAAAACAAAAAUAGAAAAUAGUGUUGUGAACUAUUAUAAAAUUGAUUAAACAGUUACUAAUUGCAAAAACAAAAUUGAAAUGGCCGAAAAAGUGGAUCAAUCACAAGCGACACAACAGCUCAACAAUCAACAAAAUGAUGCUCGUAAAAUACGAAAAUCUCCAGAAUUUCAGCCAAUGGCAAAUAUAACACCAGGCGCCAUACUCAGAGAACGCAGCUUCGUGCGCACCUCUAAUCAACAGAAUAUCAACAAAAGGCGCAGUCUCGCUUUCAAUGUACAAACUGCUGCGAAUCAGCACGGACAAAUACGUGGAAAACCUGCUAUAGACAUUUAUAGACCACCGAAUGUUCGCAACGAUGGCGCCACUUCGCCGGCGGUCUUGAACAAGUUAAACAUUCAUGCCCAGGAAUUCUCGAUGGGUGGCACGAACGCAACACGCACUACACCUCCACGAGGAGAUACAUUUAGGGCCGGAGAUACUCGUUCGUCGGCGGUCAUCUACCCAGCGACAUCAUCACCUCAGGGUUUGAUCCCGCAAUCAAAAUCAUCGGUGGCACUGCAUCAGCAAAUGCAAUAUAUGGCCGCCACAAAUGCAAUGGCUAAUCGUCGACAGGCUGGAUUAUCGCUCGGCAGCAUGCCCAUGUCAAAUAAUUCAAUGGGCAACAAAAUGCAUCACGUCGGCGGUCAUCGACCCAUUCUGGUUACACAUUCUCACCCGAUGGCCAUGAACCGUUUUUCGGGCGGUGUAUCGCAACAGAUUCCACUGAUUAAUUCCCCAUCCAGUGGCAAUAUAGUGCAUCAAACCGCCAAUACGAAUCGGGUGAAAUUCGCCAAUGAGCCACAGAAGCAUCACAGCCAUAAAAAUGGACAACAUCACCUUAUGCAUGACUAUCAACAGCAGCAACAACAAUUAAAUGCCAUGUCACAGUAUGCCGCAGCGAAUGGCAUAAGUACAGAUUCAUAUAUAAAUGUUAGCCCCCUGCAACGUUCCAAAUCAUUGUCUUCUGCUGACGCGCUAACACGUGGCAUAGCUGGUCUGGGUUUGGCUUUAGGGAAUGAGGUCACCGAUAUCGGGCAAUUCACACCCGAGAUACAGACACUUAUCGAUACAGCUUUGGAGGAUCCGAACAAGUUGAACUCGCGUGCGCUUAUGGAACUGACGUCACACUUCAUUAAACGCGCUGUUGAGGGCCGGCGCUACGCGUUGCCCAUUUCUCGACUAUGCCUUAAUAUUAUAGCUAAAGAGCAGAAAGAAACCUUCUUGGAAGCGUUAUUGAAUACAUGUCGACAGUGGUACCAGGAGCGUGAAAAGUUACUGUACUCCAUACAAGGCAUGAAAUCACCUUCCCGUUUGCGCUUUACCGCCUUCAUGGCCUUCCUUACCGAAAUGUUCUGCCAGUUGAAACGUCGCCAGUUGCAACUGCGUACUCAAUGUGAAGGGGCACCACCGCCAUUGGUCCUGCUGACUUUGCUCUCCAAAUGCUGCGAAGACUGUGUUAUGCCACCUGUACGCUCGCUAUCUGAGAUCGAAUGCCUUUUUUAUGUGCUCACCUGCAUCGGUCAAGAUAUGGAAGUACAGCUGCCACAACAGUUGGAGUUGUUGUUGUCGCUGGUGCGUGAUGCUUUCUUGAAUGCAAGUGACGCUGCACCAGCCAUCCGUCGCACUUUAUUGCAAUUAAUUGAACUGCAGGCAUCACAUUGGCAAUUGCCCGGAAACACUGUCUUAUAUUACUAUCCAUCAGCUAAGUAGUAUAGCCUUACGAACAGCUACUCGUAUGUAGAAUCAACCUUCGUUUACUCUCUUCAAACUGAAUAUAAGUAUAACCAUUGUGUUAUUCAGUACUCAGUUGAGACACAGCUGCUCAAUUUUCGCAAUUUCACAUCCACUCAGUCAUUUCAAUUUUUCUUGUAUUAUAACUGACACUUGAGAAUCAUUUAAGAUAUAUACUAUAUGCAGUUGUGCUCUUUUUAUUAUUAUAUUUUUUUAAUUUAUUAUAAAAUAAGACAAGAAUUGAAUUUUUUGUGAAAGCAUUUACUGAAAAAAAGAUGCAAAUUGUAUUCAAGCAAGCGACUGUUUGCUUCGGAGAAAGCAGAAAAGCCAAUAUUAGAAAAAAAUAUAGGCUGAACUUAUAACAGAUUAAUCAUAACAAGGGAAAAGUACUAACCUCAAAGAUAGUCAUGACACAGACAUUCAAAUAUGCAUACAUACAUGUCAUACAAUACAAAAUAUACAUACAUACAUGACUACUUAUGUACAUAUUAGGUGUAUACCUAAGAAAUUGGAAUUCAUAUAUAUGCAAGUUUAAAUAGCUACAAAUGAAUAAUAACAUUUUCUAACUGCAUCAACCGCUGCUAGAAGUUGAUAUUUCACAAGGUGUCGCAAGCGUCGCAUUGUCUUAUAACGUAACAGUUUAAAAACGGUUAAAUAAAUAUUUAGAGUGCUUGAAACUACAGCCAACUGUUUUUAUCUGUGUGAAAAUUCAUAAUAUACGGUACCUUGCGUACCCUCUAAAUAUAUUUGUGGUCAUUUAAAGUUUACGACUUACAAUCAAUACGACACUUACGACACCUCUGUGUAAGUUUCUCCCAACUACGCUAAGUAAGUCGAGUUUUAUGAGUGUAUCUACAAAUGACGAUAUGCAGAUCAGUUCCGUCGGAAUCAUAUUUUGCUCCC